AUGGUUUUGAGUAGAGUAAAAAGUUGGCUGACGUGGUCCUGGACAUAUUUGUGGGCCCUUUGGUUCCUUCUCGUCAUUGUUCUUGUAUACAUCCUGCGAGGUCCGCUAAAAAUUACCGAAUCCAUUGAAAAUGCCUCGUCGUACUUCAAUAAUUUAACUCCGAAAUUCUACGUUGCCCUGACGGGUACUUCUAGUCUCGUGUCUGGAAUUAUAUUGAUCUUCGAAUGGUGGUACUUUAAAAAUAACGCGGUAGAUUCCGUAAGCGAGGAUGGUAGCGAUAAUGAGGACGCGUUAGAAAAUCAGAAAGCAAUACCAGAAUGCAAAGUAUGGCGUAACCCGAUGGCUUUGUUCCGUGGUGCAGAAUAUAACCGCGUGAAAACUGUUAUGAAUCUUGAUCCGCUUACAUAUUACGAUAUGAAUCUUUCGGCGCAAGACCACCAAAGCUUCUUCACAUGUGAUGAGGACGUCGGAAGACCGGAUUAUGAUAUCAUGCAAGUUGCCUGGCGCGAACGAGAUAGCGCAUCACGAAUAAAUGCUGCUCGUGAAGCUUUACACAUAAAUCCGACGUGUGCACCAGCUCUUAUCCUGUUAGCAGAAGAGCAAUGCGAGACGAUAACCGAAGCAGAAGUCAUGCUGAGACGCGCGUUGAAAGCAGUUGACAGCAGUCUUGGCCAGUCGCAGUCUGGGCAGAUAGUUCCACAUGAACGCUCUGGAGAUAUGUAUCGUCAAGGGCGACGCCGUGAUUUUCACAUGCAAAUAUACAUUCGACGUCGACUUGCUAUGUGUGCACGGAAGCAGGGACGAGUACGUGAAGCUAUCAAAACCUUCAAGGAUAUUAUUAGGGAUGGCUCCAUGAGUAACAUACUAGGCGUUCAAGAGAAUCUCAUCGAAGCUUGUUUGGAAAUGCAAGCGUACGCUGAUGUGCAAGCUCUUCUUGUUCGUUAUGAUGGCUUUGAUCUACGGGAACCAAGAUCUGCGGUGCUGAGCUACACAUCUGCACUUCUGAAAGCACGGGCUGUUGCUGACAAGUUUGUUGCGGAUAUUUCGACAAGGCGAGGUCUGUCAUCGGCAGAGGCAACAGCAAUUGAAGCUAUAACUAGAGCGAUAGAGUUCAAUCCCCAUGUGCCUCUUUACUUGCUUGAAUUACGCCCCAUGAUUCUUCCUCCGGAACAUUAUUUGAAACGUGGAGAUUCGGAAGCUAUUGCUUACGCUUUCUUUCACAUACAACACUGGAAGCGGAUUGAUGGUGCUCUUCAGCUUUUGCAGUAUACGUGGAAAGGAGAUUUUGCGUCACGGUUUUCAAUGAGUGGAUAUUGCUAUCCAUAUUCACCACAACUUGAGUCGGCUGACAGAGAGCUCCUCCCUGUUUCGGUGUUCCCGAAAAAGGAGAGUCCGGUGUGGGCAUUACUACAAACGUUGUCCUGUCUGGCUGUUUGCACCAUCGCUCUUCUAGCAUUUUCUGCAAGUGUGUUAGGAGUGCAGCGGCUGAUUGCACACUUUCAUCAUUGGAUUCCUGAAAAUGUGAUUGGUUUGCUCGCUUCAAAACCAGCUCAAAUUGUUAUAGAAAACAUACUUUCAUAUGUCGUAAUGUCGGUGUUGUCACCACCGGAUGUUAGAAAACUCGUUGAAGCUCUCCUCAGUGAUUUACGACAACUCUCCACGGAAGCCAAAAAGAAGCAUAAUCAUGUGAAAGAGGCAGCUGAAUCAGGUGUCGUUCGUGUUCGAAAUAUAAGCACAGCAUCUGGAGAAGCAACACUUCUCACAAAUCUGCGAGCAGCCAGCAAUGAAUUGCUUCAUCCUCUCAUUCUUGCCUGUGCUACUCGACAAACGCGACUUGUUCAGAUAGCCUUGCAGAGCAUACAACGUUUAGUUCAACAUCUUGCGCAAAUGUUGUUGUCAGCGAAUUGUGGUCUGGUUGAAGUGGAAUGUGAGGAGCUUCGAGUUUUGCAAACUGUUCCUCCACUGGUCUCCGCUGAUCUGCUCGUCACGGGAAACACUCUUGCAAAGUGCAUUGUCAUGUGCUUUCGUAUGCAUUUUGCCAAGGAUCCUGUAGUUAUCAAUGCAGCUUCAGCUGCUGUGCGACAGCUGGUGGGAUGUGUCUUCGAGCGUGUCAUACAAGAGGAUGGUGUGUUCAGCACCGAGUUGACAGUGGUACCUUCUUCUGGAGGACGUCCAUCGCCAAGAUCUGCCCCACCGACAUUGCGGCCAUGUGCAGCUGACGCCUACUUGCUGUUUCAAGAACUCAUAGAGAAUAUCCUGAAAAGUUAUCCAGGAGUAUUUUUCAGACACCCAGAGUUCUGUGAUCUUCUGAAGUCCGAAGUGUGCCCACUAGUAAUCAAGUUGUUCUCUCCAAGUUUGAAAUCAGCCCACGUGUCAUCUCAACAUCCGUCAUCUCGUUCAUCCACCGGUGUGGGCUCUCCGACAGAUCGACCGUACUUUCCCAUUGCUAUGCGACUUGUUCGAAUAAUUCUGUGCUUGAUCUCACUCUAUCAUCAGUUGCUUCCCACGGAAUGUGAGAUUUUUCUGUCAUCCCUAAUCAAGUUCGUGGAUGUAGAUCGCAGAGGAUGGCAACGGGCGCUUUCUCUAGAAGCGCUUCAUAGAGUUGUGGUGAGACCAGACAUUGUCAGGUGGCUAUGUGAAAAUUUCGAUGCAAGAUCGAACUCUAUCAAAGUUUUGGAACAUCUGUCGCAUAGUAUUUUCUGUGUUAUUCAGCAAAGUUUUGCGUCUUCAAAGAUGAGUUCCGACUGGACAGCCUGGAAAGACACGAGGGCGGGCGUUCUGCCGGAAGGAUAUGUAGUAUCGCGAGCAAACUGCGCUCUGGUUGAUUUUGUGCAAGCCGUCUACGCGGCUAAAACGGGGAUAAGAAUAAACAACGAGCAUGUUGCUGCCUACGAAGUUAUACGAUGUCAACCGAAUCUGCUGGCAGCAUUGAGCCUUUUGUUAUCAGCGAGCACUGACGAAACUGUGACGGAUCAGCUUCUGUGUGCGCUGUCAACGCUAAUGUCAGUUGGGUGCAAAUUAAAAGUGAUUCCUGCCAGUUUGAAUUGUUUGUACGUUCUCUGCUGUGCUUGCCUACCAUCUGUGACGUACUUGCGUUCGUAUGCAGGAGCGGAGACGCCAACUAGUGAGCGUGACCCAUCUGUUAAAUUAAGAACAACUGAAGACUUCGUGUUUGAUUCGUCUUCAGCACUGCACGAGGUUGUUGUUUCUGGCACCCCUUGCCCCUCGUCUGUCGUAGUGCCAGAUAAAUGGAAUGAUCAAGUUAUGUUGACGUCACGCAAUCUGCAAGCAUCAUCCAUUCUCCUCAGCUCCAUCUGUGCCCACGCCACAUACUUGGACGAACUCUGGCAUUUGAGUCUGUUGACGUGCCAACAUAUUGCUUGGUUGCUCGGAAUUCGGCCAUCUUGCACGGGUAUUUUUGCACGAGAAAAGGCAGAAGUGGAUCAACAAAAUAGUGCGAAUGUGAUAACAACGGCCGCCCUUUCUAAAAUUCCGAUUCUUGCAUCUCUUCUGGAUAAGGUUGCUUGUUCCUCCGUAUCGCUAUCGAAUGCUUCACUUCUUAAAGCUAUUGAAGCAAUGAUGAGAAUAUCUGACGAAAAUGUUGCUGUGGCAGCGACUGGCAGAGAAUGUUCGCUUUUCCCUUUGGCGAUGCUGCUUCGAUUUGCAUCUCUUAAUCUUCAGCGUCAACAAGUCUUUUGGGAUCGCGUCACAGCACAUUUCAUCAAGGUCUGCGGUCAUAUAUCACCAUCACUGCGUGAGUGGGCAGCUGUCGCACUGUCAAGCAUCAUCAAGCAGGCGUUUAAGGCAAAGACUGGCUUAUCAGAAGCGGUAUGUCCGCUGCCUCUUGCACACGAAACCUGCCAAGUUCUUCUUUUCCAGGAGCACCAGUCAAUCACUCUCAAAACAUUACGUUCGAUGUGCUCAAUUCAUCAAGCGGACGUGCAACGACGUCAGCUUGACUGUUUGAUGGCACUUCUACAAACAGAUGGCGCCCAACUCGUGCCCGAGAUGUGGCAGCAUGUUAUUUUCAUAGUUGCUGCUGUCGUUGAUGAAGAAAACUGCUGUGACGAAGCAUUGGUGCGGCAGGGCUAUCUCGGUCUGAGACUGGUUGCUGCGGACUUUCUUCCGUCACUUCCAUUUGAGUGUAUUUCUGUGCUGGUUGAAGCCGUGGCACGAUAUGGGAAACAAACAGCUGAUCACAACAUUUCGUUGUCAGCAUCUUACUCAUUAGGUGUGUCAUUUUCAAGGGACAGUCAAUUAGGAUUUUCUGAUAACUUCUGUCGUAUUUGGUCUCUUUUCCAGGAUGGACGAAUUUCCAGACUUUGGGUGCCUUUGCGCAAAGCGAAAAUCAUCAUGCCCUUGUUGGAUCGAGUUCGGGUGCAGACCCGGAGUGCAUCGACGGAGCGUGCAAGCGGAGUGCUUCUAAUGCACCAUUCCCGGGAUACACAGCAGAAGCAAUGGACUGAAGACCUGUAUACACACACUAUCGGCGGCAUCAAAGAUAUUCAAGAUUUUGGAUCAGCAUGGGAAGCGCUGCUGUCGUAUCUCGAAUGGGCCUCGUGCUACCAUAACGCCGAACUUUCGCUGUCUGCACUCAAAAGCUUUCAGGAAGUAUUGCUUGGAAAAAUAUCUGCUCAAACGUUAGAUAUCAACUAUCGUGAACGAGCGAGCAGUGUGGAAAGCUCUGGUGAUGACGUGACGCCGUUUCUACCUUUGCCACAAUGGAUCGAGUCGUGGAAUGCUUGGCAACGGAUAUCGCGAAGUUUAGCUCGGAUGGGUACCGGUUCUACGACGACAGAAGGUGGUGAGAAGUCGUCGUAUGUUCCUGGUCCAUCUCAUCUCACAACCCUCCUUCAUAUUUUUCCACCAUUGUUCGAUCAUGUGGCUCGCCACAUAUCCGUCAACGAACUAAAAGCUGAACAGCUGCCGUCAGUUCUUGAG